AUGGGUAAUGUUAGCAGCGUGAGAGGGGGCGGCGAUGGCGGGCUCUCUGGUGAGGAAGAGGCGGUGGAGUUCCAGGAGCCGAUGGGCCAGAGCCCUCCGCCGAGCCCUGGAGGGUCGGUGCUCUCUCCCUUGCUCUUCGCUCCUCAGGUUCUUACUUCCUCCUAUCUCAGCUUCUUCUUCUUCUUCUUCUUCUCCAUCUAGCUUGGGUGCUCUGGCCGUGAGCUACGCUUGAACUUUGAUCUCUGCUGGUCUGUCCAUCUUUUUCUUUUCUUUUUUUAUGAUAAAGGGUUCUUUUAAGCUCUUGCUUUCUUCUGUUUUGUGGGUAAUUUCUGGUUUAAUUGAGAAUGCUCGAUUAUCCCGCUUACCCAAGUGCAGGGUGUUUUCAUUUGGGCGAAAUCUAGAUCUUCAUGUGAAGCAAUUCUUAGCUGUUUUGGGGACACUUUUUAACAAUAGUGGUGUCUAAAAUAUUUGAGAAAUAGGUUUAUUUUUAUUUUCCUGUGUCAUUUGAUGCCGGCAUUCAAUUUUGAGCUAUAAGAAAAUGUAUAAUUAAUUUUUUUGGGUGAGUGAAGAAAGUGAUUUCUUUAAUGAAAUUUGAAAGUUGUUUAUGAAAGCCUUUCCUUAACUUUUCUGGAAAAAAAAUGUAAAUACUUUUUGUAUUUAUAUAAGUAUAAUGUUAAAUUUCUAUUUUCAUUGUCUGAUGCAACCUCAGGCUUAGAUUCAAUCCUAACAUGCGCUGUUUCGAUUGCAUAUUUUAUUCCCAAUAAUUAUUUCUGUGGCGUGAAUAAGAACUCUGCAGUUAUUUCAAAGACGUUCGAAUAAAUAAUUUAUUUUUUUGAAUUCUCUAUUUUGAAUAAGACACUAUUGAAUGAUUUUUUUUUCUUUACUAAUACCUGAAUGCCGUUCAUUUCCUGAAGACUUUGAAGUUAUUGCAUUCUGAAAGAAGAAUUCCUUUGUUUCUCUUCUUGUGUUUGAAUUUUUGUAUCUUGCUAUCUGAAAUACUUCCAAAAGUAGGGUGCAAUUGUUGUAUGCUUAGAAAAUAAAAACUGGAUAGUGAACUUUUUUAUGAAUGUCAUGCCAAAUACUUUGCCGAGGCAUGUUGAAAAUUGCAAGAACAUAGUCAGAACUGAGAUGGUGAUCAGAUGUCAUAUUUCCUUUUAGGAUCCAGCAAUGCUACUUGAUACAGAGUAAAUUUGUAUUAAAUCCAUCCUUUUUUAAAAAAAAAAAGACGUUUCCGACGGAUUUAAGGUUGGUGAUUGGGUCAAUUUGGAUUGUGAUUAUGUUACCCUGCCAAAUUUGAGGAUCCUAUAAGUAAGAAUGUUACCAUAAUUGGCAUGGGUCAAUCCCAACCUCUUCAAUUGUAGAGUCUUUGGCUCUAUCUUGGGGAGAAAAUAUUUGAUUGGUUAAUGGUUGAGAGAUAAAGAGGGGAUUCUUAUCAUUAUCCUACUUUAUUUGAACCAUAAAUCGACCGCCUCCUUUUGUUUGACUCUUCUUCAUAGGCUGACGUUCUGAGUCCAUUGAAUACAAUUUAUCAGGUGCCCAUGGUGCCAUUGCCAAGAUACGGUGAGAUCCAGCCCCCCAAUCAGGAGCCCAUGCAUUGGUCAACUGAGCAAGAAGAUAUGCUUAGUGGUCAAGCUAUCCCUACAAUAAUCAGUUGGAGCUCUGGUGGCUAUGAAGUGGCUGUGGAAGGUUCUUGGGACGAUUGGCAGACUCGGUAAGGAGGAGGAGGAGGAGGAGGAGGAGGAGUUGCUGUUGCAUACUACUAUUAUUGCCAUUGUUCUUAUUAUUAUCACUGCCAUUUGUAUGCAUUCGUUUACCAUUUAUGGCGAAGCCCGCCAUUAAUUGCAGGGAGCCCUUGCAAAGAUCAGACAAAGACUUCACUAUCAUGAAGGUUCUUCCUUCUGGUGUAUACCACUACAAGUUCAUUGUUGAUGGAGAACGGAGGUGCUCCCCAGAGGUGCCAUGGGUGCGUGAUGAAAUGGGGAAUGAAUGCAACGUAUUGGAUCUUCUGGUAAGUGAUUUUUUCUGUUCUUAGAGGGACACAUCUAGUUUUUUCUCUGUUUAUUUUUCAAUUUCCACUGAAAUUAUUCUAUAUGAGCUUUGGAGAUACGAUGCUGAGUGACUUUAAGAUAAGCAAUGGAGACUGAAAAGGUAGGGGGAAGCGGCAAACUAUCUAGAAAGAAGAGCAGUAUCGGGGUAAAAAUAUUUUAGCUAAUCAGUUCGUGGAGUAGUUUCCAUUUAUCACCCAAGUGUUAUAAAGCCCUACCCUGCUGAAUAUCAUCUGAUCUCUCUAACAAUGAUGAUGGUGGUGGUGAUGAUGAUGAAAUGGGUGAAUCAAAAAGUUAUAUUGCAUUGUAUUGUUUCUCUUUCAUGCCUGAUCAAUGAUAAGCCUUUUGGUUUCACUAGUUUUCUUUUUCCACAGCUUUUCUGCGAAAUGGCUCCUUUUUUUCCUUCGUUCAUCUUCUCUAGGAACCAUAUAUUGUUGGCCAUAUUCUGCUAAAAGAUCGGUUCUUUGACAAUGAUUCAGUGUUGAUUCAAAUAACUUGAAAUCUUUUUGUGCCAUAUGCCUUAGUUAAUCAUUCUCUUUUUCAAUAGACCAAGGGAAAAGGAAGUUCUAGGGUUUCGAACCUGUGAAGAUUUUGAAAUGUCACAUCUUUAAGAUAAGUUGGGAGCUGUUAUCAAUGAACUUACUAAUUAUUAUAUCUUGUUUGUCAGUACUUCUUGCUUCCUGAUAAUUUUGUCACGUUGCUCGAGCUUCAGUGUUAACCAUUUCUGUUUCAGAUCACGGCAUGCUUAGUAGUUCUCCACAUGGUUUUCACUAUUUCUGGUUUUUUUUGUCUUGGUUGAUUGUUUGAGGUGGGUGAAUCGAAAAAGUUUCUCAUUAGUCCAAGGACAAACUCUUCCCUAGAUGAUUAGCUGGUCUAUAUGGGAGCACAGUGGCAUUUAUUUUAUUUUAUUUUAUUAGGAAAAAAGCCUUGGACACUAAUUUUUGGCAUGCUUUUGAUUUUCGUAUGGAAAUAGUUUAUUUAUUUUUUUGCCACUUGUGGAGACCCCAGCAGCUAUGGUGAGUGGUAGUAGACCGUCUAAUGAUGGAUUAUGAUUAUGAGAUCGCUUGAAUGUUCCAUGGUUGUUGUGAUGGCAGUAAAGGUUCAUUAGCUCUGGGGCAGCCUGCUUAUACCAUAAUUGAGACAACGCGAAGUGAUCCGUUUUUCAAGUCCUAAACAGAGGCCAAAUCGUCCAGAUCAGCAGAGUUCUGGGGUUGAAUCGAGGUGAAAUUGGCUGAUUAUGGAGAGGGCUGCAGAUUUCGUUGCCGAUCUGACCCCAUUUUAUCCAGCUUGUCUGGCUUCUGACUGGGGGUAGAAGAAGAAGAAGAAGAAGAAGAAGAAGAAGAAGAAGAAGAAGAAGAAGAUAGGAGUGGGUGGAGGAAGAAUAGUUUCUCACCAGAGGAAGGCAGUGUGAAGAGGAGAAUAGGGGGAGUAGUCAGACUAUGUCCCUUGGACAGCUCCAAAAUUGACCCACCUCAAAUUAGCCUAGAAGUUGCUUGGACUAUGCUUAAGCCCCUCACCAUUGAUUCUAUAAAUCUACCUUCGUAUGGUAUAUAUUGUGUCCUCUGGUGCCUCCCCCCUCUCUCUCUUCUGGUGUUCUUGGUUUCCUCUUUUGUUUCAGUUUUUCAAUGCUGAAGUCAAUGUCUCACCUGUAUAUCUUCCAAGCAGAUCAAGAUCCCUGAGCCCAUUAUGAUGCAUCUCGUUCUGUCAUUUAUUAUGUUAUGCUUGGGAGCUUACAUUGAUGGGAGAGUGAUAAAUUCUUGGUUUCUAUGGUAUAAUCUGCGAAUUAUCAUGGCUAAUUAAGGGUUUUCGUCAAUAUUUGAGCAUGGUAUCUAAUUGAGAGUAUCUCCCAGGCCUUAAGAUUGCGAUUGCACUUCAGAUAAGGAACAGAAAAAUAAAAAUAAAAUGAAGAAAAAACCUCCUGGUGCUGGUGGAUCCCCGGCGGCCUUGAUUUUGUUGAAUGGGCCUGUAUAAGAACAAAAAUUCAGAAGAAUCUGAUUCCAUGCAUAAUUUUCCGUCAUUAUCCCCUCAAAAUCGCCAGAUAUUAAUCUUUUUCUAUAUAUACGUGUAUAUAUUUGGGACUCAUCGCAUGGUCCCUUUCGUGAGUCUUUGAAAUAACACUCACCUUGGUGAUCUGCUGGCAGGAGGCCGUUCCGGAGCACAUCGAGAACGUUGCCACCUUCGAGCCGCCACUGUCGCCGGAGUCGAGCUACAACAGCUGGCCGCUAGGCUCUGAGGAUUUCUCCAAGGAUCCCCCAGCAGUGCCUCCUCAUCUCCUCAUGACGCUCCUCAACAGCCCGUCGUUCGUCGACAGCUCUUCCUCCAGCCGGCCCCAGCGGGUGGUCCUGAACCACCUGUACAUCCAAAAAGGCAAGGGCGACCAGCCCCUGGUAGCACUGGGAGUGACCCACAGGUUCCUCUCCAAGUACGUUACCGUGGUCCUCUACAAACCUCUGGGGCCUUGA